UGAGGUCUUAGAUUUAUUCCGUUUAAAUCAUUUGCCUUUUAAGCCUCUCUUCUUAAUUCUUACCCCGGGAAUAAAAACUUAUUCUAUAUCGUGAAAACAAUCAAGAAAACCCAUAGAAAAAGUUAGUUAAGAUUGAAAUCUUUACCCCCUGUUUAAAACCUACCAUUUCCUAAUUGAGUCAACUUAACAUCGUCACCCAUUUCAGUUCAGUACGUUGUAAUUCUGUUAAAUACUUCAUUUUCAAGAAACCCAAACAGACUUUGAUCAAACUUCAGAGUUUCAGCUCAUUCUUUUUUGCAUUCAUCGAAAACAACCCAGAUACAAAAAUGGGAACAGAACAUGAAGAUGACGAGGACAAGAAAGUGACACCACUGGACGAGUUCGACAUUGAAUUUUUGAAAACCUAUAACAGUUCUGCUUACUCAACCAGCAUUGAUAAUUUGGAAAAGGAAAUAAGGGAAAUUGUUCAGAGAGUUGCCGAUUUACGCGGAAUCGAGGAAUCUGAUACAGGAUUGGCAACUCCUGACAAAUGGGAUCUCAAAUCUGAUAGGCAAAUGUGGGAAAGAUCUCUUAUGGUUGCGAGAUGCACCAGCAUAAUCAACCCUAACACUCCAGAAGCUAAAUAUGCAGUUAAUUUUGUGGGGAGAUUGCGUAAGAUGAUCGUUAAGCUGGAUGGUAGAGUUUCUCCAACUGAUAUAGAAGAAGGCAUGCGUGUUGGGGUUGAUCGGAUCACGUGGCAGAUACGUAUGCCCUUACCUCCAAGACAUCAUCGCGAUGCUUCUAAGAGUAUAAUCGAGGAGAAGCCUGAUAUAACGUAUAACGAUAUUGGUGGAUGCAAAGAACAGAUUCAACAGAUCCGAGAAAUUGUUGAAUUACCUAUGGUUGCGCCAGAGAAAUUUGUAAGGCUAGGUAUCGAACCACCAAAGGGAGUACUGUUGUAUGGUCCACCCGGUACAGGAAAAACACUGGUAGCCAAAGCCGUGGCUAACAGAACUGAUGCCUGUUUUAUUCGUGUCAAUGGAACUGAGCUCGUUCGUAAGUCUCCUGGUCAAGGUGCUGUUAUGGUUCGUCAACUAUUCAAGGAGGCUAGGUCAAAAAAGGGGUGCAUUAUAUUCUUUGAUGAAGUAGAUGCGAUAGGAGGUGCACGUUAUUUUGAUGGUGCUGGUGGUGACUAUGAGGUACAACGUACUAUGCUUGAAAUCGUAAAUCAGCUUGAUGGAUUUGAUGCUCGUGGAAACGUCAAAGUUCUUAUGGCCACUAACAGACCUGAUACUCUUGACCCUGCACUAGUGCGUCCUGGAAGAAUGGACAGGAAGGUUGAGUUUGGGCUUCCAGAUUUAGAGGGUAGGACUCAGAUAUUCAGGAUUCAUACCAAGAAUAUGAGCAUUAAAAGGGGCAUUCGUUUUGAACUACUUGCUCGCCUUUGUCCCAACUGUACAGGUGCAGACUUAAGAAGUGUGUGCAAUGAAGCUGGAAUGUUCGCGAUUCGUGCUCGAAGGAAAAUUGUCACAGAGAAAGAUUUCCUUGAUGCAGUGCAUAAAGUCAUCAGUGGAUACCACAAGUUCAGUGCAACUCCAGAGUAUAUGCUCUACAACUGAUCCAAACACUUGCUUUUCUGACUUAAUAUGUAGAUGAAUUACUUUAAAAGUUAUAUUUCUAGUUUACUUGUGAGUUGUGACAUGUUUGGCAAUGUUGAUCUUAGUGUUUGCGAUUUAUUUUCUGUCUAAGCAAUUAAUCACAAGGUAAACAGUUGUGCA